AUGGGACGGCCAUCGACCAACGCCUCAAGCAACAGCAGGAAUUCCACAUCACUCAAAUCGCCCCUCACCGCUACUUCGUCGUCCAACCGAACGUACCCCCACAGCAUCAUCGCCGACGAGGGCGAGUGUCCUCUGUCCAAUGACAUCUGGUCACGGUCCGACUCGGACGAUUCAAACGACGAUGCAGAGGUCGUUCCUGCGCCCUCUGAACGGAUCAGCAAAUCCUACAGGCGCUAUGGCUAUAUCCCAAACAAUCAGCAAGAGCAAGACAGAAACGUGCUGCAACAUGAGAUAAUAAAAGAACUUUUCGACGGGAGAUUCCACUUGUGUCCGGCGAGACGGCCAAAAACCGUGUUGGACAUCGGUACCGGGCCCGGCCUCUGGGCACUGCAAAAUCCACGAAGUUCUGUUUUGGGAAUCGACUUGGAGCCCGUCAAGCCGCCGUAUCUAGUGUCAAACUGCCAUUUCCAGAUCAGGGACGCCACGGAAGAUUGGGAUCUCAACACGACUUUCGAUUUUGUCCAUGCCCGGAUGCUGGGUGACUUGCCAGAAAAAGAACGUCUUGUGCAAUCUGUUUGGGACAAUCUCAACCCAGGAGGCUGGGCUGAGUUUACCGAGUGGAUCGUCCUGCUCCAGUCGCCCAAUCACUCUUUCGAAAACACCUCGUUCCACAGAUGGAACCAGCUCAUGUCCCGAGGAAAGUUCUUGCACCAGACCAUCUCAAGCUUUGCUAAUUCUGACUUUAUAGGCCUCAAAGAUCUCGGCAGCUCUUUGUAUUACCCGACCCAGUACAAGCCGCUUCUUGAGAAGGUUGGGUUCGAGAACAUCACGGAGACCAAGUAUGGUGCCCCAACAAAUGCGUGCUACCCGGGGAAGAAAUUACAAAAGAUCGGAACCAUGAUGACCAAGAACUGGAAUACAAUUAUCGAGCCACUUACGCUUUCAGUAUUCAUUGACGGACUGGGCUGGACGGCAGAUGACGUGAAGAAACUUUUGCUGAACGUCAAGAGGGAGAUCCCAGAUACGAGAUAUCACUCCUUCAUGACGCUAAUGACUGUCUACUGUCGGAAACCUCGCGUCGGCUCAGCUUCUACAUCUGUGUCCUCGUUCCAGAGCACGCCUGUCCCAGAGCACUCGACCCGGCGGUCGACCGACCAAUUACAGCACAUAGCCGAGGGCCAGGAACCAUCUUCUGCCUGA